GUUCCCCAGGGUUCGGGCACACACACAUUUUCAUACUUGUGCACUUGAAUUUGUACAUACCCACCGGCUCCAGCGGCUUUCCUAUAUAAAUACAGAUUUACAUAUUUGCAUAGGUGCGCACAAACUCGGUGUGCAUCACCCCCUCACUUACUCUUUAUUUCAUUUCUGUCUCUGUUCACUAUGCGCGGAGGACGCGGCGGAUUUGGCGGACGCGGCGGUGGCGGUCGCGGUGGGGGCCGCGGUGGCUUCGGUGGCGGCGGUCGUGGCGGUGGCCGCGGAGGUGGUCGCGGCGGCGGUCGCGGUGGGGGUCGCGGCGGACGCGGGGGCGGUCGAGGAGGUGCGGGUGCGCCGAAGGGCAACAUCUUCCACCCACAUGCGCGCUUCAACGGCUGCUACCUGCUGGCCGGCAAGGACACUCUCUCCACCCGCUCCCUCGUGCCAGGUGUGUCGGUGUACAGCGAGAAGCGCGUCAACGGCACCGUCGCGGGCGAGUCCGAGUCGCAUGAGUUCCGUGUGUGGAACCCAUACCGCUCCAAGUUAGCCUCGGCCAUCUACGCUGGUGUAGCGAACAUCUACAUGGAGCCGGGAUCGGCCGUGCUGUACCUCGGCGCGGCCAGCGGCACCACCGUUAGCCACGUGUCCGACCUCGUCGGCCCUGAGGGCGUCGUGUACGCCGUGGAGUUUUCGCACCGCAGCGGCCGCGACUUAGAGGAGAUGACGAAGCGUCGCAGCAACAUCGUGCCGAUUCUGGAGGAUGCCCGCUACCCACAGAAGUACCGGAUGUUGAUUCCCCGCCUGGUGGACUGUAUCUUCAUGGAUGUGGCGCAGCCGGAUCAGGCCCGCAUUCUAGCUCUUAACGCCCAGCACUUUCUCAAGGAGAACGGCGGCUUUGUGAUUUCCAUCAAGGCAAAUUGCAUCGACUCCACCGCGGAUGCCGCGACCGUGUUCGCCUCUGAAAUUCAGAAGCUGAAAGACUCUGGGCUGCGGCCGAAGGAGCAGGUUUCGCUAGAGCCCUUCGAGCGCGACCACUGUGUCGUUACGGGCUACUACAAGAGCCCGCCGAAGGCUGCGGAGUAA